AUGUCCAAUAAAACAGGUGGGAAACGCCCGGCUAUCACCAAUAGCGACAUAUCCAACCACAACAUGGUGUCUGAGGUCCCUCCAGAGCGGCCUAGUGUCCGAGCGACUCGCACAUCCCGCAAAGCCAUCGCCUUUGGCAAGCGCUCACACUCCAUGAAGCGGAACCCCAAUGCCCCCGUCGCCAGGUCAGGCUGGCUCUUCAAACAGGCCAGCUCCGGGGUGAAGCAGUGGAACAAGCGCUGGUUCGUCCUGGUGGAUCGCUGUCUUUUCUACUAUAAAGAUGAGAAGGAGGACAGCAUCCUGGGCAGCAUCCCCCUUCUGAGCUUCCGGGUGGCUGCCGUGCAGCCCUCAGACAACAUCAGCCGAAAACACACCUUUAAGGCCGAGCAUGCGGGUGUCCGUACCUACUUCUUCAGUGCUGAGAGCCCCGAGGAGCAGGAGGCCUGGAUCCAGGCCAUGGGGGAAGCUGCCCGAGUACAGAUCCCCCCAGCCCAGAAAUCUGCACCUCAAGCUGUGCGCGACAACCAUGAGAAGCCAGACUCAGAGAACAUUCCACCCAGCAAACACCACCACCAGCCACCCCACAACAGCCUCCCCAAGCCUGAGCCAGAGGCCAAGACUCGAGGGGAGGGUGAUGGCCGAGGCUGCGAGAAGACAGAGAGGAGGCCCGAGAGGCCUGAAGUCAAGAAAGAGCCUCUGGUGAAAGCCAAUGGCAUCCAACCUGGACCAGAACCAGCCUCAGAGCCGGGCAGCCCUUACCCUGAGGGCCCAAGGGCCCCAGGGGGCGGGGAGCAGGCCGCGCAGCCCAACGGCUGGCAAUAUAGCUCUACAAGCCGGCCGGGGAGCAAAGCUUUCCCACCUCAGGACGGAGAGAGUCGGGGACACCGGCGGAGCUUCCCACCACGCACCAACCCCGACAAAAUUGCCCAGCGCAAGAGCUCCAUGAAUCAGCUCCAGCAGUGGGUGAACCUCCGCCGGGGGGUGCCUCAACCCUCCGAAGACCUUCGGAGUCCUUCUAGGUUCUACCCAAUGUCCCGCAGGGUCCCUGAGUAUUAUGGCCCCUACUCUCCCCAGUACCCUGACGAUUACCAGUACUACCCCCCCGGGGUGCGGCCGGACAGCAUCUGUUCCAUGCCUGCCUAUGAUCGGAUCAGCGCACCCUGGGCCCUGGAGGACAAGCGCCACACCUUCCGCAAUGGGGGCGGGCCUGCCUACCAGCUGCGCGAGUGGAAGGAGCCCCCCGGCUACGGGCGGCAGGACGGCAGCGGGCGGCAGGAUGGCACCAUCUGGAUCCCCAGCCCCUCCCGGCAGCCGGUCUAUUACGAUGAGCUGGACGCCGCCUCCGGCUCGUUGCGCCACCUGUCCUUGCAGCCCCGCUCCCACUCCGUGCCCCGCUCGCCCAGCCAGGGCUCCUACAGCCGCGCGCGCAUUUACUCCCCCGCCCGCUCACCCAGCACCCGCUUCGAGCGGCUGCCACCCCGCAGCGAGGACAUCUACGCCGACCCCACUGCAUAUGUCAUGAGGCGAUCCAUCAGCUCCCCCAAGGUCCCUUCGUACCCAGAAGUGUUCCGGGACAGCCUCCACACCUACAAGUUAAACGAGCAAGAUACAGAUAAGCUGCUGGGCAAAUUGUGUGAGCAGAACAAGGUGGUGAGGGAGCAGGACCGGCUGGUGCAGCAGCUCCGAGCUGAGAAGGAGAGCCUGGAAAGUGCCUUGAUGGGAACCCACCAGGAACUGGAGAUGUUUGGGAGCCAGCCCACCUACCCCGAGAAGCUACUGCACAGGAAGGAAUCACUGCAGAACCAGCUCAUCAACAUCCGGGGGGAGCUGUCUCAGGCGACCACGGCCCUAACAAACAGCACCAUAGAGUAUGAGAACCUCGAGUCGGAGGUCUCUGCCCUACACGAUGACCUCUGGGAGCAGCUCAAUUUGGACAUCCAGAAUGAGGUGCUCAACCGGCAAAUCCAGAAGGAGAUCUGGAGGAUCCAGGACGUGAUGGAGGGGCUGAGGAAGAAUAACCCAUCCCGGGGCACAGACACGGCCAAGCACAGAGGAGGUGGCCCCUCAGCCACUUACAGCUCCAACAGCCCAGCCAGCCCUCUCAGCUCCGCCAGCCUCACCAGCCCCCUGAGCCCCUUUUCACUGGUGUCUGGCUCUCAGGGGUCCCCCACCAAGCCCGGAUCCAAUGAGCCCAAGGCAAACUCUGAGCAAAGCAAAAAAGAUCCUCACCAGACAUCACCCCUGGACAUCCCCAGAGAUAUCAGUCUUGUGCCUACCAGGCAAGAGGUGGAGGCGGACAAGCAGGCAGCUCUCAACAAAGUUGGCAUUGUUCCCCCUCGAACAAAGUCACCCACUGAUGAAGAGGUAAUCCCAAAAACAGUGGUGAGAAGGAGUGCCAAUGGGCUCACCAAUGGACUAGCCUCCCGGGAGCGCCCCAAGAGUGCUGUGUUCCCUGGCGAAGGGAAGGUCAAGAUGAGUGUGGAGGAGCAGAUUGACCGCAUGCGGCGGCACCAGAGUGGCUCCAUGAAGGAGAAGCGAAGGAGCCUGCAGCUUCCGGCCAGCCCGGCCCCUGACACCAGCGCCCGGCCCACCUACAAAGUGGUGCGCCGUCACCGCAGCAUCCAUGAGGUGGACAUCUCUAACCUGGAGGCAGCCCUGCGGGCAGAGGAGCCUGGUGGGCAGGCCUACGAGACACCACGGGAGGAGAUUGCCCGGCUUCGCAAGAUGGAGCUGGAGCCCCAGCACUAUGAUGUCGACAUCAAUAAGGAGCUCUCCACCCCAGACAAAGUCCUCAUCCCCGAACGGUACAUUGACCUGGAGCCUGACACACCCCUGAGCCCCGAGGAGUUGAAAGAGAAGCAGAAGAAGGUGGAGAGGAUCAAGACACUCAUUGCCAAAUCCAGUAUGCAGAACGUGGUGCCCAUCGGCGAGGGGGACUCUGUGGACGUACCCCAGGACUCAGAGAGCCAGCUGCAGGAGCAGGAGAAGCGGAUUGAAAUCUCCUGCGCCCUGGCGACCGAGGCCUCCCGCAGGGGCCGCAUGCUGUCUGUGCAAUGUGCCACCCCAAGCCCUCCCACCUCCCCUGCCUCCCCGACUCCACCAGCCAACCCCCCAUCGUCUGAAUCCCCACGGGACGCCGACAGCAGCCAUACCAUGCGGGUCUGA